AACCCACACAAACUCCAAAACCAUUGCCCUCCUCACAACCCCGCACCCUUCCCUCCGCCAAAGACCGGUGGUUGAGGCGUCACGGUAAGCGCGAGGCACAAACGAGAGCGCCAUGGCCGGGAGCGCGAGGUCGGCGGCCGCGAAGCACGCGUACCGGAUGUUCACGCCGUCCCGGAGCGCGGCGUCGCGGGGCAGCCCCGGCAGCGCGGCGGACGAGUUCGACGAGUCGGACGUCUGGGGGUCGUUCGGCGCGGCGGACUCCGGCCCCGCGGACCUCGCGCGCGCUCGCACGAUCCCGUCGUCCGCCCGCGCCAGCGGCCGGAAGAAGCCGCUGGACCAUGCCACCGCGGGCGCCGGCGCCGUGCCCGGGUCGCUGCCGAUGAGCAUCCCGGACUGGCAGAAGAUCCUGGGGGUCGAGUACAGGGACCACCACGCCGGCGAGUGGGAGCUCUACGGCGACGAUGACGACGACUACGGCAAGGUGGGCGCCGGCUGCCGGAGCGGCUCGGUGGUGCCGCCGCACGAGCUGGCGUGGCGCGGCCGCGCCGCGUCCCUGUCGGUGCACGAGGGGAUCGGCAGGACGCUCAAGGGGCGCGACCUCAGCCGCGUCCGGGACGCCGUCUGGAAGAGGACCGGCUUCGAGGACUGACCGGAGAGCAUGCAUGGCAUCGGCAUGGCUCGAUCGCCCGCUGCUGGUCUAGCAAAUAUGCGCCGCAGUAUAGGCCUGAAGCGAGAUCAUCACUAGCAAUUGUUUGUCUCGUUUCGGGCCCUCCUUUUUGGCAUGCGUAGCAAAAGCAAACCGUAGUAGCGAAGGCAUGCGAUCCUGACGGAAGGAGAGCGGGUGGGUGUUCGUUCAUGGCGUGGCAAAUUUCAGGGGAAAAGGCUAGGUUGGUUGGUCAGGUGUCGGCGUGCGUAUUUUAUUUCUUCCUUUCGAGUAUGGGUAGUCUAAGCUUUUUGCAGUGGGCUGUACUGCUGUUUGUGCGCGAAGUUGCAGAACAGAGAAGAAAUGCUUGCCUUCGCCGGCCAUCCCGUUCUCAUCAUACAUGAGCAUAAAUGGUAAAGAAAUUGCUUUUUGUUGAGCGUUA